AAUUAUUCUCUUUUUGAUCUUCUAUACGUGUAUCGCGAGAUCGUCAUUGUUAUCACUGUUGAAUUGGCUUCACUAAUUCCGAAUUCAUCAUCUUCGAAUUGCUAGUUGGUUGAAUAAACGUAUACUGAAUAUGGCUGUUCAAUUUUUAUUCUUAUUAUCAAGACAAGGUAAAGUCAGGUUAUCCAAAUGGUACCAAACCAUACCGCAGAAGGAAAAGUCUAAGAUGAUGAGGGAGCUUACGACCUUAAUUUUAUCCAGAAGAGCCAAAAUGUGCAAUGUUUUAGAAUACAAAGAUAUGAAAAUCGUCUACCGUCGUUAUGCCUCUCUUUUUUUCAUCACGGGUAUUGAUUCCUCGGAUAACGAAUUGUUGGCUUUAGAGGUCAUACAUCGUUUUGUUGAACAGAUGGACAAACUAUACGGUAAUGUUUGUGAGUUGGAUAUUAUCUUUGGUUUUAACAGAGCAUACAAUAUUCUAGAUGAACUAUUGCUAGAUGGUUACGUGCAAGAGUCCUCCAAGAAAGAAGUCUUGAGGAAAGUCAGCCAACAGGACGAACUAGAAAGUAUGGAUGAAUUCGAUAAUAUCUUGGCUUAAACCUUCCAUUCUUAAUUUAGAUUUAUCCUCUGGUCAUUUUCUUCAGUUCUCCUCCAUCAUGUAUAUUAGUUACCCUUUGAUUCAAUAUACCAAUUUC